GCUGAGAAUUCAAUGGAACUCAACCGACACUUUUUCUAACUGCUUAAAACACGUUAGCCCGACGGCACCAUAACUUCGGUUUUACCAGACUUGGACUACACGCCGUUACCUCUCCGUCUACGAUGGCCGCGGCGGUUUCUCAGAAGGCUGCAGAGUCAUCACCGUCGCCUCCUCCGUCGCAGCUUAUGGACCAUCAAUCAACUUCCUUUUCAACUCUAAAUUCUAGACGCUCGGACAUCGCCUCCGACGUUGCUGAUGCGCCGGGUCGUGCUUCUAUCGACCGAUCUUCUUCUCAUUCUAGCUCGUCUAGAUUUUCGGAUUCUCAGUCUCUCCUGUCUCUGAAGAGUGAAGAGUACCGGCAGCUGUUUCAUCUUCCGGCCGAUGAAGUCCUUAUUCAAGAUUUUAACUGUGCUUUGCAUGAGAACAUUCUUCUUCAGGGUCACAUGUACUUAUUUGCACAUAAUAUUUGCUUUUACUCCAACCUUUUUGGAUUUGAGACAAAGAAAAUAAUUCCAUUUGAUGAGAUUACAUCGGUUAGAAAAGCGAAAACAGUUGCAAUUUUCCCAACCGCCAUAGAAAUAGCAGUUGGAGAAAAGAAGUUCUUUUUUACAUCUUUCCUGUCCCGUGAUGAAGCUUUUAAGCUCAUAAAUGAUGGUUGGAUGCAACACAAUAAUGGAGCUAAAGCAACUGGUGAUCAGCAGGAACCAUACUCCGAGCCAAAAAGUCAAGAGAAUGGAUGUCUACUGGAUGGUAAGCCAGAAAGUUCUGAUCAACCAGUGGAUGAGGCAUUAUCUGCGGUAGACAGGGAAAAUGAAAGUUCUAUAUCAGACGAUACAAAGCCUUUGGAUAGUGGAGAUUAUGAAAUUGUUCCAAGUCCUCCAGGGCCACCUGACAAUUUAGAGGAACAUGCUGAGAUUGUUCAGAGCACAGAUCGUUCAUCAUUACAAAAUUCUCUGGUCCUGGAGGAAGCUGAUUGUGAUGCACCUGAGGUCCCAAAAAGCUACACAAUGGUUGCAGAAUCUAAGUUUCCGGUGAACGUGGAAAAGUUCUUUGAUCUCUUCUUUUCAGAUGAUGGCAUUGAUUUCCAGGAGUCAUUUCAUCUAAAGUGUGGAGAUAAAGAUUUUAAAUGCACUCACUGGUGCCCUUUUGAACAAUUUGGCCACAAACGUAAUGUAUCGUUUCAACAUCCAAUUAAAAUUUACCUGGGUGCGAAAUUUGGCAGCUGUCACGAGCUUCAGAAAUAUAGAGUUUACAGGAAUUGUCACCUUGCGGUUGAGACUUGUCAAACAGUUGAUGAUGUACCUUAUGGAGAUUAUUUUCAAGUGGAGGGGCUUUGGGAUGUUAUGCGUGAUGGUAGUGAAAGCUGUACUCUGAAGGUGUACACAAAUGUAGCCUUUUCCAAGAAAACCAUUUGGAAAGGGAAGAUAGUGCAGUCCACAAUUGAAGAAUGUCGGGAUGCUUAUGGCAUUUGGAUUGAAAUGGCACAUGAAUUGUUGAAGCAAAGGAAACUAGAGAAGGAACAAGCUAAUUUAGUUACAAAUGGUCAAGUUGACAUGGCAAAGCAAGUGACAGUAGAUGCAUGCAAGAGGAUGUCAAAUGGUGCGAGUAGAGCAUUUAUAUCAGAGACAUUGCCGGAUGUGAACACUAUGAACAUUGCUGCAACGUCGCCAUCUUUGUUUAGAGAAUUCAACUCCAGAAUUUCUUCUUUGCUAAAAUCUCAUAGUCAAUUCUAUGUUUUCCUGGUCUUGGGUAUUGCUGUGGUGAUCCUCCUUAUGCAGAUGAGCAUACUUGUACUGUUAAGUAGACCUCAACAGAUCCACUUGAUUCCUCAAGGCGAUUGCAUCCGUAGUAGCAUGAAUGGAAUGGAUGAGAGGAGGGCUGAGACAUUUUCCUUUAUAGAUAAGCAGAUUAGCCAUCUCAAAGAAGAGAUGGGUUUGGUGGAGACCGUGCUUGACAAAAUGCAGACCGAGUAUGGAUUGCUCAAAGUGAAAUUGGCAGAACUGGAACGAUAUCGGAAUAACCAGAGAUGAUCAAACCGGCAACAGUUCUUAUGCUUUUGUGGUACAUAAAUACAUCUUUUGUGCAUAUGUUGUGUGUGGGUGGGGAUUACAUAAUAAUGUAUGUUAAAGUGUACCAACUGCUAAGCUUUGUUCUCAAUCUCUAGUUUUAAUCUCUUUGAAUUUGCCUAUAAGUUGUUUACAUCCGUAAAUGCUUAAAUAUGUUCUCUAUGUAAAUAUGAACAUUUUCUAUUUUAGAGUUUUGUAUAUUUAUUAUUUUUGCUUGACAUGCA